GAAUUUGGCAGUGCAAGCAGGCCCAGGAAUUCGCCAAUGCAUAACUCCCGGAGUGCUGAUAACUUGAUGUCAUCCAUACACAACUGAACCUAGUGCCGCACAAGCUCGCCAUCUGGGCUGAUGCUGGUUGGUCUUCGAGCAGGGUCGGCAGCGGUAUCACCAAGAGGUCGCAUACAGGACAUUGGGAAAAUCCACAGCAAACCGGAUGUGUCGAGCGACUGGCUCUGGCGUUGCGUCAUCGCCGGGUGUCGCAGAGGCCAUCGACCAAAGACGGUCCGCGGCUGUGGCCCGGGUGGCUGGAUAGACUUCCGUUCUGGGAUCUCGACCAGCCCUGAUUGGCGCGAUAGCCACUUGCUGUUCCGAGCAGCUCGACCUUUGGAUAUCCCAACUUUCAUGUUCAACCGAUCGCAGUCGAUAGUCGAGCAUUAUUCGCAUUCUUUGACCGUCCCAACAGUACGUUAUCGACAGUCUGAGGAACGUACCGGCAGACAGUUUGGGCUGGAAUAUCGUCAUGCGUAUCUUGGCCAUACAAAGACCCUGCAGAAGCAGCCAAACUGUAAAUGGUGUCUGCGCAGUCUGAUUGACUGUCCAGUCCAUGGACCCAUGAUGAUCGAUCAAUGUCAGGCUGCAGUCCCCGCUACUGCUGCACAGUGUGAAUGCUUCCUCGGCCCCAUAUUCAUCUCCAUCGGACUAUCGUGGACACAGGGUGGACAAUUCUUAUAAAGAUGUCUAUUUCCCUGUUCCUGAUGCGGUCUUCUUCUCCAUAUGCUAUUAUAUCAAUACCCACAACCCAUCGUCUUUUACCACUCACUGACUAUCGAAGAAGGCUGUGGGACGGCUCCACUU